UUAUUUUUCACUCUCUUACUGACAGCAAUAUGACAGACGCAAAGAGUUUGAAAGAAGCUAUAGAGCAGUAUGAGACUCAGCUGUCACAAGUAGAUACAACACUGUCUGCAACACCAAUAGGACCUGACAGAGACAACCUGCUCAGCUUAAAGUCUGACAUCGAGGAACUUAUCUCUUUGACAAAAGAGAGUUUGCAAAGUCUUGAAGAAAAUAGUACAACAGACAGACAUAGAGAUGAAGAUUCUGAUGAUGAGGCAGAAAAUUUAUUGGAAAAAGAAUAUGCCUUAUUCAAGGCGGAACUGGAAAACUUUUCGGAUGAUGAUGAAAAUACAAAACUGGAUAGUGCAACUAACACAGCUUCUGGUAGUAUUGAAGAUGAAUUGAAGGAGCUAGAGGGUAUGAAGUGCAAGGCCCCUUAUGGUGGUACUUGGGGUGGUACUGGUUAUCAUAAUGCUAUGGUAUGUUCUGCUUAUAGAAGCAAUGAUGAGGCAAUUAAAGAUAUCCAUGAUAUUAAGGUAAAUUUUUUUUUUCUCAAUCCAACGCAUAAAGAAAUGAUUCCAUGCCCAUAUUUUCUUGAUGGAAGUUGCAAGUUUUCUGAUGAAAAUUGCCAUUACUCUCAUGGUGAAAUUGUGCCAUUUUCAAGUCUAAAGGAAUACAAAGAACCUGAUUUUCAAAAUAUUAAAAUGGGAAGCAGGGUAUUAACUAAACAGAAAAACAAUAUAUGGCAUAGAUCUGUAAUUUUAAAAUUACCUGAAAAAGAUGAGGACGAGUAUAGAAUAAAGUUUGAAGCAAGUGGCAAAAUCAUGGAAUCUAGUUUACAAAAUCUUUUACCUCUUGAUGAUACAGACUUAGAAAUGUCAGAUACAUCUGAUGAUAGCGAUCAUGAUGAUGAUGAGUCUGUCUGUAAUUCAUCAUCAUACUCAAAUGAACAAUUAAUUCAUAAAUCUCUUUUAUCAUUACAAUCGACUGAAUCUUUAGGAAAUUGGGAAAAGCAUACACGUGGUAUUGGCAGCAAAAUAAUGGCGCAAAUGGGUUAUGUAACUGGUACUGGUCUUGGAAAACGGAGUGACGGUAGACUAGAACCUGUUGAAGCUACAGUCUUGCCACCAGGAAAAUCGUUAGAUCAUUGUAUGGAAUUACGUGAAUUUGCCGGUGGUGACAAAGAUUUAUUCUCUGCAGAACGUAAAAUGCGCAAGCAGCAACACAAAUUAGAGCAGCAAAGAGAAAGACAAUAUCAAAGAGAGAAACAAAAACAGGACAGAAAUGUAUUUAAUUUUAUCAAUAAAACAUUAGGUGAUAAAUCCAAAGACGACAACGCAGCUAGUAGUUCACAAAAUAAAGAUAAACUUAAAGCAGAAUCGAAUAGAAACCUGAAUGUAGCCAGUUUUCUAGUUGCAGAAACUAUAAAUCGUUUAGAGAAGGAGUCGUCAAAGCUCAAAGAAUCUUUAGCAAGACAUGCUAAAGGUAGCGUACUUUAUAAUAAUAUUGUGAUGAAGUAUGAUGAGAAACAAAAAGAGCUUAGUAAUUUAAAAGCUUCCGAGAAAAGUAUUGUCGCUGAGCAAAAUCAAAGGAAGAAUAAAGCUAAAUUAACUAUAUUUUGAUAUUUAGACGGUAGCAUGAAUGAAACACACGUCAGACAUGUCUGUAUAUAAAAUGAAUCUAAAUACAAUGUUUUAUUAAUAUUUUUC